GUACAUGACAACUGAUGACAAUUUCGUAGAGUAUUUUCUGUGAUAACGAAUUUGAUGAUAAGUUGAUAACGUCCGUCAUCCACUGCUCUUCUCCGUGUAGGCUGUACAGUGUCUGUGUACAGUACUGUACAGAUAGCGGGUACAGGCGGUAGUCAGUGGAAAUUAAAAGAAAAUAACCACUACGUUAAGAAUUUAUUGUUAUAGUGUUUAUUCUUCUGCCAUUGUUGGUGUUGUUACUCAACGUUUGCUUUUCUUGUACUUUAGAACAAAAUAAGAUAGUGUUAAAACAAUGGCAGAGAAGCAAAUAAAAAAUAGAGUUUGCAUUGUUGGAUCAGGAAAUUGGGGUUCUGCUAUCGCAAAAAUAGUAGGUCGCAAUGCCGCACGACUACCUAAUUUUGAAGAUAAAGUUACUAUGUGGGUUUAUGAAGAAAUUAUUGAAGGUAAAAAGCUGACAGAAAUCAUAAAUGAAACUCAUGAAAAUGUGAAAUAUCUACCUGGGCAUCAAUUGCCUCCUAAUGUGGUGGCUGUGCCCGACGUAGUAGAAGCGGCGAAGGAUGCGGAUCUUCUCAUCUUCGUAGUGCCUCACCAGUUUGUUAGAACUAUUUGCUCAACCCUUCUGGGAAAGAUAAAACCAACGGCAGCUGCGCUAUCUUUGAUCAAGGGCUUUGACAUAGCUGAAGGUGGCGGCAUUGACCUAAUAUCACACAUUAUAACUAGAUGUCUGAAGAUCCCGUGCGCUGUGCUCAUGGGUGCCAAUAUCGCAUCUGAGGUGGCGGAAGAGAAGUUCUGCGAAACAACAAUCGGAUGUCGAGACGUAAUGCUCGCGCCUAUGAUGCGGGACAUCAUUCAAACCGAAUAUUUCAGAGUGGUGGUGGUUGAUGAUGAAGAUGCUGUCGAAAUCUGUGGUGCUCUUAAGAACAUAGUGGCGGUGGGCGCGGGCUUUGUUGACGGUCUCGGGUUCGGCGACAACACCAAGGCAGCUGUUAUUCGUCUAGGGCUUAUGGAGAUGAUCAAAUUUGUGGACGUGUUCUACCCGGGCAGCAAACUGAGCACGUUCUUUGAGUCGUGCGGUGUUGCUGAUCUCAUCACCACGUGUUACGGUGGUAGGAACAGGCGAGUGGCAGAAGCGUUCGUUAAAACUGGCCGAUCGAUUAAGGAACUUGAGGACGAGAUGCUAAACGGACAGAAACUGCAAGGCCCAAUCACCGCCGAGGAAGUCAAUCACAUGUUGGCCAACAAAAAUAUGGAAAACAAGUUCCCACUGUUCACGGCUGUGUUCCGCAUCUGUCGAGGCGAACUGAAACCCAAUGAUUUUAUUGAUUGCAUCCGCAGUCAUCCAGAACACAUGAAACAGCCGACACCCAAAUGUUCACUGUGACCCGAGUGAAGUGCUUCUACAAUCUUUAUGUCACAAGAUUCGCAUCUGUCAUGUGAUGCACCAAAUGCAUUUAUCAUUCGUCGGAUUUAAUUUUCUGGUUAGAAACACAGUCCUUUAAAUCCACAUUAAAAUAAUUGCUAGUAUUUUUUCGUUGGAAUAAAAUAAACAAUCGUUACUUAUUUCAAAUUUAUAUUUGUCCAUCCAGUUAGGCUUGGCAUAGUUACAAAUUUCAAUGUUGCCACAAUGUGCAAAAGUUGUUUUGUGGUGAUUAGUAAUUGGUAACAUACAUAUUUAAUUGGUUAAAAUGAUUAAUAGGUGCCUAUUUCGAAGUAUAAGUUGUAAGGUGUUCCGCUCAAUCUGUCUGGUUCUAAAUUAAAUAGUAAACUUGCCCCAAAACGGUUUAACGCACAUAAGAGACAACGGUAAAAACAGUACCUAUAGUUUUACUAUAUCAAGUAAAACGUGCUUAUUCUAAUUAAAAUAAUAGACUGUGUCUCUGAUUGGACCUGCUUACAACGUCAUUUGCAUGUACAAUUUGAUAUUUUACAUACAAUCGUUAAUCAUGUGAUGAAAUUAUUUUCUACAGUUCCGAAAUUGUUUGUUGUUUAGUAAUUAUAAUAGAACGGAAAUAAUGUCAUAAGUAAGACUGUUUUAUGUGUUUAUUUUAAAUGGAUUACUUAACUAGCCCACGUCAAGGGUGACGGUAUGCUAACGGGGUAGAUGUAAGUGUUAAAAUCAAUAUAGGCUAGACAAUACAAUUGUUCAUGCCCUAAUCUGAGUCGAUGCCUAGUCUAAAUAGUCAAUUAGUGAAUGUACUCUUGUACUUUUUUAAAAUGAAGAAUACUUAUACAUUUAGUGAUUGGUAAUAAAUAAUUCAGCAAAAUUAUUAAACGAUAAUAAUUCGAAAACUGUGUUCUGUAAGUUUGUCAUUAGUCUUGUAUAUAUUCCAUAGCCAUCAUAAUAUCUGUAGUUUGUAAAGUCACCGUCACGUGCAUUCUGUCGUUAUAACAACCAUGCAAGUGAAUGAGCGAACUUCAUUUUAUCGCUUAAACAAAAAACAGAAGCCUUUCUUCAAAAGUAUGAAUACAACGAUAUCGAAUGUUUAUUUUUUGCAGGCUACGAAUAGUUAGAAAAUCACAUUGCUGUAUAUGCUAAAAUAAAUGACGAGGUAAGAUAUAAGGCUUCUGUUUUUAUUGUGAUCAUUUUAUUACUUUUGUACCGUGCCAUAUCAUGACGAUCAUAAAUACAGUAUGAUUUUAAAAA